UUUUAGACAAAAUGGAAACAAACUUCAUUGGUGACGACUAUGGACCGCUCUUUCACUACCAAUAUCGUCUUAUCGUUAUUGGGGAUUCAACAGUUGGCAAAUCUAGUCUUUUACGGUACUUCACAGAAGGAAAAAUGGCCGAAAUCAGCGACCCAACUGUCGGAGUAGACUUUUAUGCAAGGAUGAUUGAGUUGAGGCCUGGAUAUCGUGUUAAAUUGCAACUAUGGGAUACAGCAGGACAGGAAAAAUUCAGAUCAAUUACAAAAUCCUACUAUCGGAAUUCUGUUGGAGUCCUUGCAAUCUACGACACAACGAAUCGAGAAAGUUUUGAGCAUGUUGAAAAUUGGGUUAAAGAAGCAGCAUUAAAUUUGGGUGGUCCAAGCCCAUCGAAGUGUGUCUUCCAAUUAGUCGGAACAAAAAGUGAUAUGGAUUCACAGCGACAGGUAAACUAUGAGGAAGGCGAGUACUUUGCCAAGUACCAUAAAAUGAAGUUUAUCGAGACGUCGUCGAGAACAGGAGACAAUGUUAAUGAAGCUUUUCAUAUGAUUGCACAAGAGAUUCAAAAUCGAGUCGACGACGGAGAACUGCGGCCCGUGGAUGGCUGGGAAGGCCUUAAAACUGGUAUUAUGAGGUCACAAUCCGUGUGCCUAUCCGAAAGAAGUUUCCCUCAAAACAGCAGCGCAGGAGCUUGCGGAUGUUGAUAAUUUCUCCUCAAUUUUUUAAUUUUCCCCGUAGUCAUAAUUUCGCGUAGCGUUCUUAUAAACAUCAAAAACUCAGCUAUUUUGUGUACUUCCUGUGAGCUUUCUCCUUCAUCCAGUGUCACCAACCUCACCUACUCUCCCGGCAUGCAUUCUUUUGAAAUAAUUUCUAGUCGUUCUGUCCAAAAACUUCAAAAAAAAAGAUUUUUUUUC